AUGAGAAUUUGCGUAUUUUAUGGAACUGUACAUUUCAUGGGAAGGUAAAGUUUCAGUUUCAGAAUAUUUCUGGAAAAAAUUUUUCAGAGUUUGUCUAUUUUUCAUCUCUCUCGGUGAUCAAUUAAUUAUCAUAACUUGGAUUUUGAUGACACUAACAUGUUUAAGAUUUGGAUCUUUUUUUGAAGUCAAAGAAUGUUAUGAGGGUAAGUGACACGUGGAAAAUUUAUUUUUCAGCACUAAAAAAUUAGGUUGAAAAUGGCUCUUAAAAAAUUGUUGAACUUUUUAUUUACUCAAAAAAAGUUCAAAAAUAACUUUUUUGGACUUUUCGGGCUCAAAAAUUGGAAUUUGUUUUCAAAAACAUUUGAGAAUUUUUUGGUAGAUCAAAAAACAUCUAUUUCAAAAAUCCACGUGCAUUUUCAGAGCUUGAAAUAUUUUUUUUUAAUUUAAAAUUGUGUUCCGACUAUCUAAAAUUCAAAUAAUUUUGAAAUUUCAAAUCCUAUCAUUAAUUUUUCAAUUGAUCAAGCUCAAAUUACCACGUGAAAUGUUAAUUAAGUCUGCUGAAAUUUGAACAAAUAACUUUUUUCUGACAUUUGAUAUAAGCCAUAAUUAUGUCUUGAGAUCAAACUGUCAUCGCUUGCCACGUGGCAAAAAUCCCCAUGUCACAAAAACAAAAAAUGUUUGCAGCCCGCGAGCCUCCGCUACUUUUUCAUUUCGUCGGCGAAUUCAUGAUGGCCUCAUUUCACGUUUUGAUAAAUGCAGGUAAUCACUAUUUUCCUCAUUUGAAAAUUCUAGUAAAAUUUUUGCAGACCGUCUAAUUUGCCUAAUUCGAAAAACAUCAAAACCGUCGGGACUGAUUUCAAUCUCAUAUUUGCUCACAAUUAUUUUGUUGUUGAUUUCAAGUUUUGGCUAUGCAUUUUUGGCUAGUGAGUAUCAGAGACAGGGAAUCUGGGGGCUAGAAGAGUCUAGUUUUGCGAGAAAAAAAUAAUUUGCAAAAAAAAAAAUGAACUAAAUUUAAUUUACAAGGUAAAUUAUAUGGCCAGGGUAGAAACUCAAACAAGAGCCCGGAACAUCAGGCCUAAGCCUUUAGGCUUGAGCUUUAGAUCUAUAAUUCUGGAUUUCUAGGUUCUAGAUCUUCUAAUCUAGAUCUAGGUAUUCUAAAAAUGUUGAACCUUGUGAAAAUCAGACCAAGAUCGGGAUGAAAUUAGCUCCAAAAGCCUAAAACCCCGGAUUUUUGCAGUCAACACAAUGGACGAAUACUAUUCAAUCUUCAUAAUCCUCAGUGCCAAUCUCACAAGUCUAACUCUCGAAAUCUCGCUCUACAAUCACUCGAAAAAACAAUUCAUCCGAACACGUGGCAUCGUUCCGCUCGCCAAUCGCUACGAAAUCUCAGCCGCCAUCCAAAUUAUCCGCAAAUUUCUGCCCGCCUCAAUAACAAGUGUGAUAUUCAAAUUCGUCAUCGUCACAAUGUUAUUCAUUGCGCGAAGUAAUUUGGAGAACACGUGGAUACCGCAGUUUUUCUACGUGUUGAACACGUUUUGGAAUUUGGAUUGCGCAUUGUUUCCCUGGUUUUUCAUUAUGUUUCAUCCAAGUGUCAAUGAGCGUGUAAGUCUUGACUUCUUCUAACUCUUGAAAAACGUGGCGUUUUGAGUUACAGCUACCAAAUUGGCUACGAAUUUGUUGUCGGAUGAAUGGCAGGAAAACUGGGACCAUCGAUAGCGAUACACAGCAAAAUCAUUUUGAAAGUUUGAAAAAUCAGUGGGCAUGAUAAAGUAGUUUUAUUUCUUGUUUUGCACAAAAAUUAUGAAGUCAGAUGGAAAAAGUAUAGCUGACGUCAGAGAUUUUCGAACAUCAAAUUUGAAAGAAGAACUUUUUGGUGCCAAAAAUUCAAAAUACGUGCCACGUGGAUUUUUGGAAAAACAACAUUUUUUGGUUCCGGAAAAUUCGAGCCCAGGUUCAACGUGGAACUUUUUUUUGAAUCCAAAUUUUUCGAUGCCACGUGGAUUCUAAAUUUUUCUGAAUAAAAUGUUUGGUGCCACGUGGAUUUCUAACAAUUUCUAAUGAAAAAAAAUGAAUAUUUUUCAAAUAUGCCACGUGGAUUUUGAGUUAGGCUAAUUAUGACUCAAAAUCUAGAAGAGAAGUCAUUUUUUUUUUGUUUUCAUCACAGAUGUUUUGGUUUGUGCAGGUUCUGCGAAUUUAAAAUUCAAAAACUAGAAAAUUGAAAAAUCCUUGAAAGUAUGUAGCUGACUUCAGAGAUUCCACGUGGAUUCAAAAUUUUUCAAAAUUCCAACUUCAAAAAGUCAGAUUUUACAUUUUCAAAAUUCGCAGAACCAAACAACAUGUCAUGUCUCUAAUGAAAUGUCGCUAAUGAGAAACAAAAAUUAGCUUAUCUUCUAAUUUUUCGAGUCAUAAUUAGCCAAACUCAAAAAUCACAUGUUUUCGAUCGAAUAUCCGGUCAACCUAAAACAAUGUUUCCACCUUCUAAUUCUCCUCGAAAUCCCGAUUCAUUCUCUAGGCAUCUAUCUAAUCCUAACCCAUACUCCGAUAAAAAUGCAAAGUGUCAAAUCAAUCAUGUUACAAUGUUGUUUGUGGGGUGUUGCGCUAGAUUUAUCGAUUAGUUGCGGCACCAUGCCAUUUGUAUUAUUCCCCACAAUUUCCGGCUAUCCUUUGGGAAUAUUUUCCACAAUUUUCGGGAUUCCUGCAGUGCUUCAAGUUGUCAUCGUCGUCCUAUUUUUGACAGGAAUCGGGAGUUCUAUUGUGAUAGUGCUCGAAAAUAGCUACACAAUUACUAAAAGCAAAAAUUGGUGCUCCAAGAGAAAUCAUUUGAUAAUCUAUUUUCUAAAUGCUUUUCCAGUUUGCCUAAUUUUAUCCUAUGUUUGGCUAACUACUCCAGACCAAAUUUAUGCUUUACAAAUUAUAUGGGCUCAAUUAGAAGCCUCAAAAAUCCCAGAUUAUAUCAAAAAUCUACCAAUCGUAGUGAUUUCCCUAGAUAUUUCCAUAGUUGGCAGAUAUUUUGCAUUUUCUGUCAUCUUCAUAUUCACUCAAGCGCAAUGUUUCUUCAUUCCAACAUUAAUCGAAAUGUGUUCGGCAAGAAAAAACAUAUCGCAGAAAACCAGACAACUUCAAAAUCGAUUUUUCGCCCUGAUUUGCACACAGGUUAUGAUUCCUUUAAGUGUUGUCGCGAUUCCACUGUUAUAUUUGGUUUAUAGUUGCUCAAUGAUGUAUUAUAAUCAAGGUGAGAUUUGGUGGUGGGUUUGCCACGUCAUAGCUACAUUUUUAACAAAUUAAUUAGCUUUCUGACACAUAGGUUCGACGUCAUGACUACAAAAUUCAGAUGAAAUUGUAGUUUUUCGUGAUUUCUGUUGAUGACUUACGAAAAAACAAAUUUUCGAUUUAUCCCAGUUGCCACGUCAUAACUAGAUUUCUUUUCAGCAGAAUAUGGGAAAGGUGUUUUGAAUUUUCGAAAAAAGUUAAGGUUUGCCACGUCAUAACUACUCUUCUAGAAACAUAUAAAAAUGAAAACCAAAAAAAAAAAGAAUGAAAAAAAAAACGAAAAAGGUUCUGGUCCUCAAUUAGGCCAAAUCUGCCACGUUACUCUUGAUUCCCGAAAAAUCCACGUAAUACCCGUUCCUGAAACCUCCCCCCCCAAAAUCCACGUCAUACCCGCUCUCACAAACCUCCCCCCCCCCUCCCAAAAAUCCACAUUAUACCCGCUCCCCACCUCUCAUCGACCUCUCAAUUCCAGCGCUCAAUAAUCUCGUCUUCAUCGUGCUCACCUUCCACGGCAUUCUAUCCACCAUCUCCAUGAUUCUCCUCCAUUCACCAUAUCGAAAUGCCGUGUUUCGUCGAAAAUUUGGCAAAAUCCAAUCGGUGGCUUCAAAUGUCGCCUCCAAAGUUCACAUAAUCCUAUAA